AUGAAUUAUUUUUAUUUAUGGAUAGAUUACAAAUCACAACAAAAACUUCAUAAAUCGUCAAAUCGUGUAUUAUUAAAAAAUGUCGUUUCUAUAAAAGCUGUUCGAAAUAAAUUUAGUUUGUACACGAAAUGUAAUUUUGAAGAAGAAUAUGCAGAGCUUGAUUUUUUAAAGAAAAGUAUUAGGAAAGUAUCCAGAGUAGCUAAACCUCAACCAUUGAAAGGACCUUGUGGCAUUCCUGUUGAGAAAAGAAACGACAUUCUCAACAAUUUGACACAAGUUAUUCCACAAAAUAGGAAAACGUUUUGGGAAAAUAUUCCAAUUCAUAAUUAUUAA